UCUUUACGGUAUACUAUAUGUUUGAGUUUAGGGUUGGGAUAGGUGUAGACGACCGCAGCUGUAUCCCUCCUAGCAUUAACCCAGAGGAAUGUCGUUCCAGGGCUUUUGUGUGUGUGUUUGAAAUGGUUUCUGGAAGUCACUGAGUUCAGUGGGAUGUGGUCGCGUCGUCAGUAGCGCAGCCCUUUGUGUGGGCCCCGUGUACGUGCAGAAUCAGCCGGUGUGUGUGGAGGCCGAUAGAGAAAGCGCUGCAACGUAAGCAGUGACGUCGAUGUGGGCCGAGAAGAGCUGAGGGGUUUAAAUAAACCCCGAGAACAAUAACAUUUAACUAAAACGACAAAAUCUAACACCAAGCCGCACAUUCGGAUUAACCCGACGGCCGUUUUAUAGCACUUAACUGGACCAGUAUGUCUCCUAUGGGGCAGAGAGAAAAGGCUGCCCUCAGGCAGUGCAUUCAGGCCAGAGCCCAGCUGGACGAGGCCAUCGCUGACAUCAUAAAAGCCGAAGUCCAACUCAAAAGCAAUUCCAGAGAGGUGAAGUCUCAGCUGCACAGCUGCAUCAGUAGACAUCUGGAGAUCCUGCGCUCUCGUGAGGUCUGGCUGCUGGAGCAGAUCGAUCUGGUGGAGCAGCUCAAAGGAGAGACUUUACAUCAGCAGCUGCAGCAGCUUCAUUCCCUGAAAGGCCAGUUUGACCUGCUCAUUCAUCAGCUGGAGUAUUCCGGGAGUAACAGUCUCACCACCCAGCUCACAAACUGCCUGGAAAAGCUUUCGUCUCUUAAUCUGACUCCCGAAGAAACCCCAGAGAUGAGUUUCCAAGCAGAUGCGCACACUCUGCGCAAGGCCAUCACAUCAUUUGGGACAAUUGCCUCAGAGCAAAUGGAGACCUCAGAGUCUUUUGCGCGACCUUGGCUUUUGCAGGACUGUCCAGUCUUUUUCAAGAAGCAGAAACUGGAUCCCGAACGCACUACACCUCUGACCGAGUGGCUUUUGGGGAAUCAUCCAGUUUGCAGUGCUCCAGUAAAAUACCACUUCAGCACAAACCCUCAUGACUGGCUGCUUGUUUCCAAGGAAUCUCAGGAAGAGAAACAGCUACCUGCCUUUGACUUCCAGAAGGCUUGGGGCCAGCUCCAUGACCUGGAGUCAUGGCUUCUGAAGGAGAAGUUGCCGAUUCGUAAGCGAACCUGCAGCAGCAGCUCCACCUUCUCCAUUGAGAUGAUCGACGAAAGCGACUUCAAUCUGGAUGACGUGGAAGAUGAGCAGGAAAAAGCAAGCGACACUUUUGAGGAAGAAGAACUCAAUAAGUGGCUUGUCAACUCAAGCCUGGUGAAGCCAAACCAAACCAACCCAGAUGCAGAGCGCUUCAAGCAGAUCUUCAAACCCUUCUACGAGAGCUUCUCCUCUAGUGAUUGGCUAUCAAAAUCCGACUGCGGCUCCUGCUGUGCCACGCGCACUACAGCUGUGGAGAUUGAAAACCUCGGAAAGCUCAAGUGCCUAAAAACACCACCGCCAUCCACUCCGGUCACCACUCCAGAUCCCAUGGAGAUGUGGCUCCACAAGACCAUCCCUCUGGAGAGCACAUGCAAAGCCAAUGAGACCUGCACCAGCUACGCCCAAUGCGUCUGCGAAGACAACUGCGGAAAAGAAGCUCUCAGCGCUUGGCUCCUCAAGAAAGAGGGUCGAGAUAAAAACGGCGUUCCCGUCAAUAAGAACAGCACAAGCAAAGCCUCCAGCCACCAGCAGGAGCAGCAGCAGAAGGUUCAGGCUAUCCUUGAGGCCUGGCUGCACCCUAGUAACUCUGCCAAAUCCCCAGACCUGACGUCCCUGUCUGCGUGGGCGAUCCCGCACAUUAAACUUGCAGAUCCGGAGAACUCCGUUGAGAAUCCUCUGCAGGCCGAGAACUGGCUGCAUCCAGCAAUCAAGCAAAUUAGCAGUGCCACCGAGAUGCCAAACAAAGCAGAGAGCAAGAGCGCAAAGGAUCAGGACGGGAAAGAUAAUGUUGAGGAGGACAAAUGGCUUUUACGCAAGCGGGUCAGUGCACAGGAAAGGCUCGGCCUCCCUAUAGUAUGUGACCUGUUUUCCUGUAUGAAGCUCGGCGGUGACAAAGAAAAGUGGCUCCAUCAAGCAGCCACACAGAUAUGAAUGCAGCAGCAUUACUCUAGUGCUAUUGAAUUGCUGAUUAUUGCACAACACUCUUCUUCCGUGCUUUUUGGGGAUUCAUUUUGUCUGGGAUCUUCUGUCGACUGAGAGUGAUUUGAGCCCCGUGGCACAUCGUUUUUGGGAAUUGCUGUCAUAUUUUACUGUUUUAUUGGCUCAGUUCAAUUCCUGCGAUGAAGGGGAAGACCAAUAGAUUUCAUUAAUGUGAUUUUAAAUAUCAAGAACAAGUGGACUGGAUGCAUACAAAACAAAUGAUUUCUUCACCACGGGGUCAACUGAAAUGUUCAAGAUGCGUCUAUAAUAGAUUUAAUCGCACAGUUAUAGCUUUCUUCUUCUUUUUUCCCCCCAAAUAUUCAUAUGAAGAUGCGCUCUAAACCAUUUUAACCUCUUUGAAGAUAUAUUUAUAUAGAAUUAUUUUACUAUUUUAAGUAUGGAGCUUUCUUUGCCAUUUCUUGUUUCAUUUGUCACGAUCAACAAAAGUCACAUGCCAGCUAAAACAUAGCAAAACUUCUGUUUCCAAACCUCAAGAAACAGAACUGGUGCCUGAUGUGUUGAAUGUGUAGCAAUGCUUGCUGUCAGUCCAUGUGUGUGUGUGUGUGUGCAGUAAAAACACCUUAGUCUACUGUCAUGUGUGUGGCUUGAACCUGUGGCAAACGAUCUCUCUAUCGCUCUUUAAAAUGCAUCCGCCAUAAACAAACCACUGAUACUGCUUUGUGAACAUGUAGACAGGAUUUAAUCUUUGCACUUAAAGAUUUCAGAUUUAAGAACUGCAUCAGAAAUGAAACGCUUUGAGAGGUUCAGCUUAAUCUUGGUGUCUGUCAACUAGUAAUGGACCAAGGACUGAGUAUACACACGCGUUUCUUCUGUCAGGAUUGUGCCAGACCGCUGGAUUGCGCACACAUGUACUUAUUUAGGUAUUGCUUACAUCAUCUAUAAUGCUUCGAUCCAUUUCAAAUCAAUAAAUAAAUGAACAUGUGUAUAAAUAUAAA